UCCAACACUUUUGCUACUAUCUCUUUGCAUUUGCCGCUCGAAAACAUAUUUCAACUUGACAGAACUAUGGGAAGGUUAUAGUAACAAACGUUAUGGCUUCUGAGUCGUUUGUGAAAUGGAGAAAAAAAGCGAUUCUGAUGCAGAACAUUCACUUUGGUCUCAGGACACAGAGCUUAUCAGUGUACCUUCAGAAGAAAACAAUCUAUCCCUUGAAAUUAGUUCAACAGCUUUACCAUUGGAACCAGAUGAUUCAGAUCAAAGUGGAAGGAAUGUUCCUUCCACCACUGCGUGCUCAACUCCGCAUGAAAGUAAGCUAGCACUGAGUGCAAAGCGAAGAUUUGAAAGUUCAUCAGAAGACCUAAGCCCCAGAAAAAAGAAGACAAAGGGUUCAAUAAGUCCUGUCCGUAGACCUGCUCUCUUUAGCUCUUCCAAUGGAACAGAAUUCACGAAUGGCUCAGAUAGUGAAAUUACAAGUGGGGGAAUGAAUAUGAAUCUUCAUAGUAUAAAGAAACCCGAAGUUAUUUAUGCUAAAGCUAGUUCUUCUGAUUUAUCUGCUGAGUCGUCAAACCAGAAAUCAGACUCUCAAGCCAGUACAUUUUUAAAAGCCAUGUCUCCUCCGACUACAUAUUUAGAAAAAGUGAAAUCAUUUAAAAAGAAAGAUCAGGAUAAAGAACCAGCGGCGAAGGAAAGUAAAAUUAAGCAUUUCACCGAGGAAUUUGUUUGCUCAAUUUCUUAUACCAUAGAUGAAAUGAAGAAAGACUUAGUAUCUCUUAAUAUUAAAGAGGUUAGCAGACCUCUGUGCGAUUCAAAAAAUGCUUCAAACAAGUUAUCUCUAUCUAGUGGAACGCUUGCUGAUAUAUCUGGAUCUGAUGGAGGAAGUGGCCAUAGUGGUAUUGAAAAAUUCACCUUGCCUCCAAAGCUGUCGAUAACAUCAACUAGCAGUAUGUCAUCUGUAUCCAGUUCUUCAUCAUCAUUGCCAAGCACUGCAAAUAAGCUUCAGCAUUCCUUGAAUAAAUUUCUGGUCCCUCAAGUUUUGGAGCUGAAGAAGCAGAUGGAUUACAGAUGCAAGAGUAACGUCUGCCAAUGUUUUUGUUCGAAGUUCGUGGCUUGUUUAUUGAAACAACACUUGCCUUCAAGAUGCAUCACUCCUGAAAUGUUGAGCAGUUCAUCUGAAAACAUAAAAACCGAUUCGCAGGAAUUCAUGGAUGGACAGCAAGAAAUUACCAACAAACAACUUCUUAAAAAGCAUAAAUCAGAUGUUCCAGUUAUAUCUGAGGAAGUUUCUGAUGAAUCCAAGUUUCCGUGUAACAGCAGUCAAUCAAGUAUAUAUGUUCCGUCUUGCACUAAUUUACCAGUAUUUGCAAAGUGGCCUGGUAACUCCUGGUUUUAUCCUGGGAUCAUUGAAAAUGCUGACGAGGACACUUGGCAUACCAGCAGCCAUUUGGAGGUCAAAUUCUGUGACGGGACAGUGAGGAAUACAAGAACUACUAACUUGUUCCCUGCUUAUUUACUACCCACCAAAACUGAGGUUACUUAUGAAAAAGAUGGGAACAGUGAAACAAUUAUUAUUACCUCAGUUAACAGGCUUCCAAAUAAUGAAUUAUUGCUGGUGUCAGAAUCAGGUGAAUCCACACCUUUCCAGAAAAUCUGUUUCUCCAGUGCUCAUUAUAAAGAAUUUCUGAAGGAAAAUAGCGCUGUUCUAACUCCAAGAAAGACUCCUAAAUUUUCCAUUAGCAUAGCUAAUGUUCAGCAAGGCAAGCGAGCACGUAAGGUUGUUAGGACCGGAAGUUCUUGUAAUUCUGAAUCUAAACCUAAGUUUAGUUCGUCUUCUAAGAAGACUCCUUCCUCUAGAUUAAAAGUAACUAAAAGGGGAAGAGGUAUAAGCGAUGGGUCAUCGAACGAUUUGGCCAAAAGCGAAAAGAAAAAGAUCAGGAUUUCCAGCCAAAAGAAAUCUAACAUUGAAGCGAAAGUUAAAGAAACGAGUACGCCUCAUAUUGAAGUUGAAACUGAAAAAAAAGAAGUUGUCAGAAAACUAUGCUUAGAGGCGGAAACUCCUGGUUGUUCUUAUAAAGAUUGCAAAGAUACCCAGAAAUUGGACUCUUCUGAACAUUCACUCAGUACUGAUACCGAAUCGUCAGGGAUUCAAAAAAUAGUUGUGGAUGAAAUAUCUUGUCCGACCUUGGAUGAAGAAUUGAUAAUCGACAUAUCGAGGAGAUCUUUUAGAAACAAGUCUAGCUGGAAGAAGACGACUGGAUAUGUUCCGAAGUAUGAAGACAAUAGAUUAGGCCCACUUCCAGAAAUGGAAUGUUUUUCAAAUUAUAAUUUUGUUUUGACUCAUUCAAAAAAGAAGUUGAAGCCAAUACGGAAAUCUUCAGAAGAGGAAACAUUUAGUGAAGAAGGAACUGAUUUUGAAGAUUAUUAUGAAACAAAGGUUCCUUUUGACUACCUUUGGUUGAGGGAACAGAUUUUGUCAGGAGGAGGAAAAGUAUUCAAGAGCUUGCUAGAUGUUCACAAAGAAGAAUAUUCUAACACCAUUGUCAUAGCUGACAAUAUUUUUGAAACACCAAAUUACUUAUUGGCAGUAUCUCUUGGGAUUCCCAUUUAUAGGCACGAUUUGAUUAUUGAUUGCUGUAUUAAGAAAAAGCAUUUGAAAGAUGUGAUAAGUCAUGCCAUGAAAAUGCCUAAUGGAAGAUCGUUAGACUCAGGUGAGUGGGUCGAAACGUCGGCACGUUGUUCCUUAAAGGGCUAUUGCUGUCUUUUAUCUCUAAAUGUGAAUCCUAGCACUUUAAAAUUUUGGAAAAAGUUACUGCUAAAUGCUGGUGCAGUAGUGAUAGAGGGCGAUUUAAUAAAAAUUAUUUCAGAACAGCAGAGCCGUAUCAGUUUCAUCAUUGGUGAUCCAUCUCUUCCCGAAGAAAUACUUAUUCUUGCAAACUGCUACCAAAUACCUACCGUCUCAACCAUUUGGCUUUCUCAGAGUAUUAUUCAAGGCAAACCUAGAAGUUAUAAUGCCCACCCUGAGUACGAUAUUUAUUAUAUUGCAUCCUGAGAACUGGGCCCAACACUUCUGAAAACUUAUACUAUAGUAUUGCCGUUUGCUUGAAAAGUAUUUUAGUAUUUGAAACGGGUAUUUUAUAUAAUAUAACUGCCUCAGGUUAUACGGGAUGCUAAAAGAAUCUUUUGCUCAACUUUAUAUAUGUAUAUAUAUAUAUAUUUUUUGUCUCUCUUGGAUAUUAAAUACUCCAAAGUAUUGUUAGGUUAUUGCCAUAUUUUGGUAAAAGUGACUAAUGUGAAACAAUCAUUUAUUAGGUUUGUUAAAGCAAUCCAUGACAUUAUUCUUUGUUUUUUAUAUAUUUUGUCAAUUUUUUUUUAAAAUUUUAGUUAGAACUUUUAUUCAGGUAGUCCUGAAUAAUUAUAUAUACAGUCAUUUUUCUUAAUUUGGUUUUAGUUAAAUUAUUUCAUAUGAUUCCCCUUCUUAUUACUGUGAUUAUAUAUGAACGCGAGAUAAUCUUAUAAUUUUAAUAGUUUCUCUAAAGUAUUGACGUCUUAUUUUUUCUUGACUUUCCUUUAUUGAAGGAAUCGUUAAUAAAUUUCAGUUCCUGAGAACUUUGUAUAGUGCUGAAAACAUAAAAUAUUUUCUUUUAUAAUUGAUUCGUUUUCAAUUUUUUUUUUCUUUUAUGAAUAAUUUUGAGUGUGUCCCCCUCCCCCGUCAUUGACUUAUUUACAAAUAAUCGUACAGAUCUACUUCAUAAUUAUGAGCAGUAGAAUUAAAUCCAGGACUGCCUGUAUUAAAAGAAUUAUUUUUUUAUAUUUAUUUUCCAAUGAGCAUUAAAAUCAAUCAUAUAAAAUAUAUUAUUCUAUUUUGUAUUAAGUACCGUGUUAUACUUUUUUUUAUAUAUAUAGUUCAAUAGAAUCUCUUAUAUUUGUAAAUGAGACAAAUUAAUCCAAAUAUGAAAGUUAUGAAUGUUUAUAUAAAUUAUUUAUUGAUUGUUAUUUAAAUAUUUUUGGUUCUCUUAUGGUGCAUUUAUUUUAAAAAAAUCUAUUUACUAUUUUUGAAAGUUUAUGGACAAAAUAGAUUAUAAUUGUGCAAUUAAUGUAAUAAGAUUCAAAUCCUAUUCCAUUGGCCAGUAUUUGUGUGGCCUAAUAAAAAAUUGUUCUGUUUUUUGUUAAAGAAUUAUUGUGAGUUUUUUUUUGUUGUUUUUAGAGAGAUAUUAAUAUUUAUAAUAUUAAGUUAGACAUAUGUCAGAUUAAUAUGUCGAAUGUGAAUUUUUUUAUAUUGUUUUAUUAAAUAAAUUAUAUUUUUGCCUGGACAUUGCCUCAA